UGUACAUCGUGACAUUAAUGUUGUCGUAGUUGCCCCCGCCGAUCUUCUGUUUUUAUUUUCAAGUACGCCUUUUCACAAUUUUCCCUUUAUUGUGUGGCCUAUGGAUGGGGAACUGUUCUUGUAAGGAGUAGGACAGCAGACAGAGAACAUGGCUACGUCCUCGGAGGAGGUCCUGUUGAUCAUCAACCAAGUCCGAUUGCACAAGAGCGAUGGGUCCUUGUACUUCAUGGCGGAACGCCUGGCCUGGCAAGAUAAUAACAAGGACCACUUCUCCGUUAGCCAUCAUUACAGGGACAUCAAACAGCAAAAGAUCUCCCAGGACACCAGCAUCAAGGUGCAGCUGCAGGUGGUGCUACACGACGGCACCAACAGCAAGUUCCACUUUGCCAACCGGGAGGGGACGGAGGCCCAGCGGCGGGACCGGGGAGCAGCCAAGGAGCUCCUUCAACAGCUUCUGCCCCACUUCCGAUUGAUGGUCAACAAGGAACUCGAGGAGAAGAAUCGUAUCCUACAGGAGGACCCGGAACUCUUCCAGCUGUACAAAGACCUGGUCAUCAGCAAGGUUAUGACAGCCGACGAGUUCUGGUCAAACAGGAAGGCAACUGUCGUACCCAAAGAACCCAGCGUCAGCAAUGCCAAGGCCAAGCAAGAUGUGGGCGUCUCAGCAGCUUUCCUGUCGGACAUCAAGCCUCAGACGGACGGCUGCAACGGCGUCAAGUACAACCUGACGGCAGACAUCAUUGAAGCCAUCUUCAGAAUCUACCCAACCGUGAGGAAGAAGCAUGCUGAGAACGUUCCCCAGAACAUGACGGAGAAGGAGUUCUGGACUCGAUUCUUUCAGUCUCAAUAUUUCCACCGCGACCGGAUCCACCUCAACAACAAGGACAUCUUUACAGAGUGUGCCAAGGACGACGAAAAAGAAAUGAGAAAUGAAACCAACACUCAGAGUGAUCCCUUGUUGAAUGUGGAAGGCAUGUCAGACAACACCCUGGGGGAGGGGUAUGGCUCCAACAAGGACGGUUCAAAGUCACAGUCGACAAACCAGCUCGUCAACGCAUCCAUCAUCAAAAGGUUCAACCACCACAAUGCUAGGGUCCUGAGCAUCUCGCAACAAGAGGGCAGACCUACCCCUAACGGUCUACCACUCGGCAUCCCCUCAUCCUCAUCAGCCACAACCUCCAACAACCACCGAGAAGUGACUACCAAUCAGGUGGAGCCUCCGGCGAAGCGGACACGUCUGAAAGAAGCGAUUGAGAUUGAGGAUCUUGCUCCUUCAACUAGUGCCGCACCCGUGACGUUAAAACUUGAGAGAACUGACAGGUACUAUCAUGGACCCACUCCAGUGAAUCCAUCCCAGUACAACACAUCCAGUGAGGUCAUCGGUGCAGUGGAGAGGUUGGAACAGCAGCUCAGCGGACAGCACACCAGCCUGACCAAGGUAUUGCGGAGCGGUGUUGCUGGAUCGGUCACCAACGAGCUGACACCAGGGGGCGCACUGAUGGGACGAAACACCACGCAGCCCCUUCACACGCUCUAUAACAAAGAAGUCCAAGACGAGCUGAAGCGCCUGUAUGCUGCCCUCGCCGAGCUCCUGCGCCACUUCUGGUCCUGCUUUCCUGUCGCCAGCAAGACAGUCGAGGAGAAGCUGAUCCGCAUGAAAGGAACGCUGGAACAGUUCCAGGCCAGAAAGCUGCAGCCAUUCCGUGAAUCGUUGGCCAGGCAACACAUAGGUGCUAAUAUGACAAUUCACAUGGAGGAAUUGCUGACUACAGCCUAUGCCAAGUUCAACUCAUGGCAAGCCAAGAAUGCCAGUCAAAGGUCAUGACACCUUCCCAGCAUGCCUUGCUGAAUGUACUGUAAAGCCAUAAUUUGUUUCACCAAUGGGGACAUGCCAGAACUGUGUUGAGUACACAACUUUUUCAAAAUUACUUUGAUUCUGCAGGUCCACACAUAAUUUAAGACAAAAAAAUGAUGUACAUGUAUCUUUCAGUUGUUGCUCGUGGCGUAUGUUUUUCCUUAGGUUUCAUAUUUUGCACAAAAGUAUAUAUUAACAUUCUAGUGCGCUGAAACUAACCUUUAUGAAAAUUGAUCGUGUCCAAAGCCCAAAACAUGUGAGUUCAAUUGAGCGCUUUUGUGGGUCGCUUCAUGUAACGUGCCCCUGAGUUUUUGAGGGAUACAGAAAAGUUCCUCAUAACAAUUGUAAGUAAGAUAGUGAUUAACGAGUCCAUUUCCCAAGAGUAGGUGUGGGAAGACAUGAUUUACUUUUGUAACAUGGCAGAAGACUAGCUGUUUACCAUGAGGAUGUUUGAAACAUUGUUGUAAAUUUGGAGGACCAACUCAUGGGUCCUGCCAGGAUUUCUUUUUGAGGGGAGGAUUUUUUCUAAAGCCAAAAUUUCCAGUAAUCAUCAGCAACAAACUAAUUAACCAGUAACUUUUGAAGGUUUUUUUCAGGGCUUUUGUUGGCAAAUUGGUGAUUUUUGUCCGAUUUUGUUUUAAUUUCACACUUUUCAAUUUUUGGUGGGGGAGGGGGGAGUGACCCCCUGUUGUUAACCCCACCCCAUCCCCGGCAACAUCCAUGGAUCAGCCUGAUUCGUCAAGUUUGUGAAACUAUUUAUAUAAUAUUUAUGGCCAGGUUGCACUUUUUCAGAUGUUUGUAUUUAAACAAAGUUUUAGUCUAGUCACCUGACUUACUUGUACACAGAGUUUUGUACUGCUUGUCCGUGCGUUUGUAACAGCCCAAGUUUCCAAUUUGGGGACAGAUUUUUGUUACAAGUGACACUUCUUUACAGUUAUGAAUAAAUGUGCCUAUCUCAAGGAGGAGA